AAAAUUGAAAUAGUAGUUGUGCAUUCGAUCUGCCAUGAUCGAAUGCACGUCCUUUGUUUAUUUAUUAAAUAUAAUUAAAACAUGGUUUCGACGCGAGGACCAAAAUUUAAAUUUUCCGACGGUGAAAAAGUAUUAUGUUACGAACCAGAUCCCACAAAAGCAAAAGUGUUGUAUGAUUCAAAGGUUUUAGAUGUAAUUGUAAAUAAGGAUCAAAGGGGAAGGAAAGCUGUGGAGUACCUCAUACAUUUUCAGGGAUGGAAUUCCUCUUGGGAUCGUUGUGUAACAGAAGAAUAUGUAUUAAAGGACACCGAAGAAAACAGACAACUACAAAGGGAUCUUGCACAAAAAGCACAGCUUCAAUUAGGAGCUUAUUUAUACAGAAGAGAGCGAAAAAAGAGAAGUUACAAAUAUUCCGAACGUUUAGUUGAAUCGGAAACAGACUCAAAAAGACAAGCAAGAAGUGCUGGAAGUCGUGCGACUUCAGCGACAACCGGAUCUUCCGAAGACGGAAGUUCUGGACAACGAGACGAAUAUGAUACGGAAGAUGCCGUUACGGAAGAAGAAGAGGAAGAAGAAGAAGAACAUGAGGAGGAGGAAGAAGAAGAAGAGGAAGAAGAAGAAACAGAAAGUAGUGUUUCUGAUUAUGAAGAGGAAUCAAGUGGUGGUGGUGGUGGUGGUGGCGAGGGCGAAGGCGGUGGCGAUGAUGACAGCUGUGGAGGAAGUCAAUCUGGUGCGAGCAUCAGACCUGGUGUUGAUCUUGAUAUAGGAAAUACUUUGCGUCGAAUUUUGGAAAUAGACAGUGAAUUAAUUAAUCAAAAAAAUAAGCUUGUUGUUUUGCCAGCGCAACCAACAGUCGCGACUAUUUUAGAAUCAUGGGUAAAUCAUUUUACGGAAACGGAAUUAAAAAGUAUUCCCGAUAAAACACAACGAAACAAAGGCAACAAUGUUGUUGAGAAAACAUUGACUGAUAUAAAUCUUUGCCGAGAAGUUGCCGAUGGCCUAAGAGUUUAUUUUGAUUUUACGUUGCAAAAACUUCUUCUCUAUAGGCAAGAAAGAGAACAAAAUAAUUCGAUAAUGCUUGCGUCAUUGAAUAUGGAGCCAGUUGAAAUUAAGGAAGAAACACUUGAAAUUUUGGAUGUGUCAAUAAAAGAGGAAAUUGAAGAUACGGAAUAUGCUCAUCUACCUCCAUUUCAAGAGCAGGAACCGGAAAUGGAAAAUUCAAAUAAACCUAUAUCACAAGUGAAACGAAAAUUAAGAUCGUGUAGAGUUAGUUCCGUUGAAGAACCUAGACAAUUACGAAGUCAUGAGGAAACAAAACAGGAUCAGGGAAAUUUGUCGAGCAGUAUGGCCAGCACAAGUUCGCGUUGUUCUAGUCCAAGAGGCGUUACACUAAGAAUGCCUGUCGUUGUUCCCGCUCAUAUCGGUACAUUACUUCAAGAAUCCAAAGGCUGGAGAUUAAUUCCAGAAUCUGCAAAAUUUAAAGGCAUACGAAAUCCUUGUCUCAUUUAUGGCGCUGUUCACUUUGUUCGGCUAUUCGUCAAAUUACCGGAACUGUUGCAGAAUUCGGAUAUCGCUGAUAAAAAAUUGAAAGUUGUUUUAAAGUAUUUAGAUAUGGUUCUAAGUUAUUUAGAAUUACAUCGAGAAUGGUUUGGCGAGCAAUAUUACACGCAGGCUGAGCCUCCAACAACUGAAUUGUGUGAGAAUAAUUGAUUUUUAAAAUGAAUGACACUAUAGAUAAUGGAUUUAUUUUUAUACCAGGAGAAUACGUGAGAGCAUAUGAUUGAUUUAUAUACUUUAUUAAUGAAAGUUAUUUCUUUUUAAACAAAAAAAAAAAAUUGCGAUUUCGCACAACACACAUACACAAUUCACACAUUUUAUUAUAUAUAUAUUACUAUUGUGAAUUGCUUUUAAUUUCAAUAACUGCAGUUUGUUUGUAACAAACUAUUUAUAUACAUAUGAAAAAACAAAAGAAAAAAAAAGAACACUUCGAACUCUUUCUUUUUCUUGAUCUCGAUAAGUUGUUUUCUGCAACGUUCAACUCUCAGGAUUAAUAAAUACUCCGUUUCGUACCAAAA